AAAAACUAGGCGCAUGUUAGCAAACAGAACUGAAGCGGGGCAGCUGUGGGUGGAGAAAGUUAUGAGGGAGGCGGAGAUUUCGAGAAGACAAACACCUCAUUCACAACUAGAGCUAACCUAACUCACAACCUCUCUCGUCCCUCAAUUCUACACAUAUAUAUACGCACACAUACACAUAUAUGCAUACUUUCUCUCUCUAACCUCACUUCAUCUCUCAGAUUUCUCCACCAGCUGGACUUUUUCCCUUUUCCAUGGAGUCCGCCGCUGUUCUGCGUUCUUUCAACUGCACCGUUUCACGUGUGCGGUCUAUACUUGAGAGACCUGGCAUGGUUCCCGUGCAUAAUACCACCUGUAACAUCUCAAGUAGAUUGAACAUCCAAGGCUUGACAGUUGGUGGAAAACUUGUUGCUGCUCCAAGAAAGAGAGAAGGAACACUAGUAUCUUGUUUAAAGACUUCUGAAACUACAAUGACAGCUAAGUCUGAUGUUGGUAACUAUAAUGGAGCAGUUUCAAAAGAUAGCCAUCCACAAGGAUCAGUGGUGAAGAAUUCUAUGCAAAGUGCAACCUUCCCUAGUGGGUUUGAGAAAUUGGUCUUGGAUGUCUGUGAUGAGACACAGAUUGCUGAGCUGAAGCUAAAGGUGGGAGAAUUUGAAAUGCACCUGAAGCGGAACAUUGGAGCUACAAAAGCUCCCAUGCCUGUCUUUUCUCAAACAACACCAACACCUACUCCGAUUAAACCCAUUAUUGAAUCUGCUCCUGCUGAGCCACCAAAAUCCUCUUCAGAAAAAAUCACUCCAUUUACAAAUGUCUCUGAAGUGAAGUCAGCAAAGUUAGCAGCCUUGGAGGCUUCUGAAGCUAGUGGAUAUGUUCUAGUAUCAUCUCCAACUGUUGGAUCGUUCCGAAGGGGCAGAACAUUGAAGGGAAAGAAGCAACCUCCUAUUUGUAAAGAGGGUGAUGUAAUCAAAGAAGGUCAAACAAUAGGAUUUCUGGAUCAGUUUGGCACCGAACUUCCUGUUAAGUCAGAUGUAGCCGGAGAAGUCGUAAAGCUCCUUUUUGAUGAUGGGGAGGCUAUUGGUUAUGGAGACCCUCUUGUUGCUGUAUUGCCAUCAUUUCAUGGUAUCGAGUGAUUCUUGUCCUCAAUCUGCGAUAAUUUCAUAGUCAUAUUUGUUGGAGAGCGUGAGGUUUGCAGUUUUUUUUUCUUAAAUCCUUCAAUUCUUACCAUCUAUUGCCUCCUAUCCUCGUGCAAUUAGGAGACACAGGUAUAGCUGGUGAUAUCAACGUGCCAUUGCUUGUCAUUUAAAUCGACUAUAGAUCCAGAAAUAACUGAUCAUUCAUUAGAAGUUGAGAAGAACUAUUUCAUUUGUGCUAGAUGUAUUUUUGUAUAAUUAUGAAGCUAUAGAUACUUGAUGCCAGUGAAAUUAUACUAAAUAUCCAAAAAAUAAAAGGGGGUUGAAAUC